AUAACGACUUUAAAAGGAAUGUAAACAAACAUGGCGGCACGGAAGGUUCUUGUCGGAGGUGGAAAUGGUUUUAUUGGCAGUGCAUUGUGCAGUGCAUUGAGGAAACGUGGCUAUGAAGUGAUCUUGUUGUCAAGAACACCUGGACACGCAAAGAUAACCUGGAGUGAUUUGAAAAGGAACAAUGAGCUGCCUGAAUGUGACGCUGUCAUCAAUCUUGCAGGAGAAAACAUUUCUAAUCCGCUGAAAAGGUGGAAUGAAGAUUUUAAAGCGCUAAUUAGACAAAGUCGGGUUGAAACAAAUGAUAUUUUGACCGAGCUUAUCAAGAAAGCUGCAAAACCUCCAAACGUGUGGAUCUCGUCUUCUGCAAUUGGUUUCUAUCCAACAAGCGAGACAGCUGAAUAUACAGAAGAUGCACCUCCUGAACCAGAACAUGAUUUUUUCACCAAAAUUUGCUGUGAUUGGGAGGACUCAGCAGUCCUUCCAUCGGAUCAUCCAAGUCGACAUGUAACCCUCAGGAUUGGUUUGGUUCUCGGACGUGAUGGUGGAGCCUUUAAAUCUCUAGUUUGGCCGUUUUGGUUCGGUGUUGGAGGAGUGAUUGGGAGUGGGAAACAGAUUAUGUCAUGGAUUCACAUUGCUGACAUGGUUGGAAUUCUUAUCCAUGCUUUGGAAAACAAUAAUGUCCAUGGUAUUUUAAAUGCUACUGCUCCACAACCUGUUUCAAAUUCAGAGUUCACAACAGAGUUAGCGAGUGCUCUGUGGCGACCAGCAAUCAUUCCAGUACCUGCAUUUGCUGUGAAUAUGAUAUAUGGACAUGAACGAGCACUUCUCUUGUUAGAGGGGCAAAAAGUGAUUCCUAAGCGAACCAUAGAGUCUGGCUACAGUUUCCUGUUUCCAGAUAUUAAAUCCUGUCUGUUGAAUAUUGUGAAGUAACUUUGACCGGUGAAGUAUUAGUAAUUGGAAUGACACUUAUGCGAAGUUAGAUUUGAUCAAAAACUACUCAGGGUUUAUCAUUCAGUUUAAAGAUAAAUUGCGGUUGAAAUAAAUUUAUA